CUCAGGCUGGUCGCGCGAUGAUGGAUUUUCCCCCAAGCAGCUGUCCACUUCAAUCAUGGUCUCCUCUAUCCACAAUCGCGACGGCAGCAUCAGCCAUGAUGCCGCCUACGCGACUGCCUCCCUGUCGGAGCGCACGGCCGUCGACUCUGCCGAUGACCUCCUCGCCAAGAUGGGCUACAAACCCGAGCUGGUACGCUCACGCUCAACGCUUCAGGCCGCCUUCAUGUCUUUCGUUCUUGCGUCUAUUCCUUACGGUCUCGCCACCACUCUCUACUACCCACUCCAAGGCGGCGGCCCCGCUGUCGUCGUUUGGGGCUGGGUCCUUGUCUCGUUGAUUAUUCUGUGCGUCGCCGCUUCCCUCGGUGAAAUUACCUCGGUGUAUCCCACAGCUGGCGGUGUCUACUAUCAGACCUUCAUGCUCGCCCCGCAUGGCAUCAAGCGCGUUGCGGCCUACAUCUGCGGCUGGGCAUAUGUUGUCGGCAACAUUACAAUCACGCUCGCCGUCCAGUUCGGAACGACCCUCUUCUAUGUUGCGUGCAUCAACGUCUUUGAGAAGGAGCCUGGUGUGGGCAUCUGGGAAGCCGAAACGUACGAAAUCUUCCUCGUCUUUGUUGCCAUCACCGUUCUGUGCAACAUUAUUUCGGCUACUUGCAACCGGUGGCUCCCAUACCUUGACACUUUUGCUAUCGCCUGGACUUUCCUCGCGCUGAUCUGCAUUUGCGUGACGAUCCUUUCCGUCGCAAAGAACGGCCGCCGCCCCGCAUCGUUCGCACUGGGCGGUUUCGAGCCCUCGUCGGGCUGGCCCGCCGGGUGGUCUUACUGCGUUGGUCUCCUCCACGCAGCGUACGCGACGUCGUCGACCGGCAUGCUUCUUAGCAUGUGUGAAGAGGUACAGGCUCCUGCCACCCAGGUUCCCAAGGCCAUGGUCCUCACCAUCUGUCUUAACACGUUCGGCGGUCUCCUCUUCCUCGUCCCCCUCAUGUUCGUCCUUCCGGACCUGACAGAGUUGGUCAGCCUCGCCUCGGGCCAACCUGUCCCGACCAUCAUCAAGUCUGCCGUCGGCUCAUCUGUUGGCGCUUUCCUUCUUCUCAUGCCAAUCAUGAUUCUUGGCCUCCUCUGUGGCACCGCCUGCACCACUGCUGCUUCACGCUGCACGUGGGCGUUCUCUCGUGACGGUGCUAUCCCUGGCUCCAAGCUAUGGAGCAAGGUCAACACCAAGCUGGACGUUCCCCUCAAUGCGAUGAUGCUCUCAAUGGCCGUCCAGAUUAUCCUCGGUGUCAUCUACUUUGGGUCGCCCCAGGCUUUCAACGCCUUCUCGGGCGUCGGAGUCAUUGCCCUCACAGCUUCGUACGCCACCCCCAUCUUCGUAUCCAUGCUCGAGAAGCGUCGCCAGGUCACGGCCGCAGCCAAGUUUCCUCUCGGCAAGUUCGGCUGGAUCGUGAACACGAUUGCUGUUGCUUGGUCUCUCCUUGCCCUGCCCCUGUUCUGCAUGCCAGCGGUAUUGCCAGUCACGCCCGCCAGUGUUAACUACGCGCCUGUUGUCUUCGUGGCAUUCGUCGGCAUCGCCUCAAUCUGGUACUUUGUCUGGGGCCGCAAGAACUACACCGGCCCCCCCAAGGAGGAGGUGCAGGACGUCGAAGUUGCCGUGAGGCGCCAAUCCGAGGCCCACUUCCAGAGGCGCGCGUCCGAGAAGGCGCUGUAAAUGGCGGCGAGAUCACUCGCAUUUCCUCCCCUUUCCUAUUUUCACUCAGUAUUGCUGUCGCCUAGUCCUGUGGGAGCUCAUUCACCGAGUAGCACCCACAGGUAUUCGAUCUGUGUGCCCCACUGUAUCCUACCCUCAACAGGCGACCGGCUGUUUCCACUGCCGCCAGCAUGUUCGCUAUGUAUUGUUUCAAUGGGUAUAUAAUUACUUUGAGCUCG